CGGUUGGUGCAUUCUCAGAAUGGCACCCUAUUGCUUAUUAUUGUAAAGCCAUGCACCAGCUGCGAGAAGGGCAUUGGGUCGUGCCGGAGGACGAUGGGGAACUUGAAGGGCCUGACCAGCGGACUGACCUUUGUAAGGAGGAACUCCACGGCGAUCUUGGUGUGCUCAAGAUAGUCAAAGCCCAGCAACUCCAGCGCAAACGAGAGCUGGAGGAAACGCUGAAAGGCCUUCAGGAGCAGUUUGAGGCUGCAGAUGCUGCUUUUAACGAAAAACAUCCAAGUCCGGUUCAAUAUCAAAGCGUGAGCCGAGCUUCUCAUGGACCCCUUGUAUAGCCUGCAGGAAUACAGGCCCCAAGGCGGUCAUCUUUGUCAAAACCAGCACUAUCUUUUACCAUCUAUCCGCUUGCUUUUGGUCUCAGUAGUGCACAGCCGCAGGGAAAAAUGCUUGCUUGCUUUCAAAGCAGUGCUCGCAUGGACACGUCUACGGGCGCU